ACUGAUCGGUGGUCAUGGCUACGGCACUGCCCGACCGGGUGAGCUUCGUGGAGGCGCAUCGCCGCUUCAUGGCGUUAGAAAACCCCAGCACAGCUGUGUCUGACCCGAGCUCCAAAGCCUUCCAGGACGAGCUGACCAUCACAUUGCAGUACCAGAAAAAAUGCAUCGAACAGCGUCAACUCGACGGCGUGCUGUCAUCUAACGAGCGUUUCUUCGAGCUCCAGAACACACAGCUGUACGCCCUGUGCAUCGAGUACUACUUGGGUAUGCUCACACCCAAGCAGACGUUCUUCCAGCAGACAGAGCGCGACGAGAAGCGAUCGGGCCCGACGGAUCACACGCGCAACGUGGUGCACCGCAUCAAAUUCUUACGCGAGGCCGACGUGUUCCUCAGCGAGUUCUUAGAUCGCGCCGAGAGUGUUGGUCUCUUGACGGAGAAGAAGCGACGCGAGCAAUACGAGCGACUGGAGAGCAAACAGUUCUCGUUAUCGAGGGACGAGAAGGUCCAGCGCUUCCAGCUGCAGCGCGAGAUGGAGAAGAAGCUGCAGCAAGUGCAGAAACGUCGCGAGGAGAAGACGACGGAGGACGCAGAUGAACUGGAGGAGGACGACAUGGAGGACCUCGAGCGGGAGCAGCUGCUGACCUUCAUUCAGCUCUCCGUAGUCAAGAGUAUGGAGGAGCAGGCGUCGAUCAAUCAGGAGAAGGAGAUGCUGGAGACGAUGCUCAAGAUGAACGCGACUACUGAGAAGCAGGAUCUUUUCUCCGAGACCCAUCGACCGCCUCCACCGCCUCAGGGACAGGGAAUUGAGGUGACGCGGAUUAACCCACAGAUGGAAAUGCGGCGGGAAACGGUCCGCUCGGGCGUAUUCAAGCCUGGCCACCGCCUCCCCACGAUGACGUUGGAGGAGUAUGCGGACCGUGAGGUGGCCGACGCCAUGGAGAGGCAGAAGAGAGAGCAGUACGCUGCGCCGCAGGGACCGCGUCGGUACGACCAGCUCGUGGAGGACGGCGACGAAGAUGAUGACAAUUUAGUAGAGGAGGCGGCGUAUAAGGAUCGUGCUUGGGACGACUGGAAGGAUGCAAACGAAAAGGGGAUUGGCAACAAGAAGGGAUCGCAGUUCUAG